AGUUCACCUAAAAUUAGUCGUUAGUAGCGAUAUUGAUACGAGCAAUAUUAUUAAAAUAUUAAAUAAUCUGAACUAUUAAAGCUCGUGCAAGAUAGUCGAGUACAUUCAUUUACGAAGUUCAAAGGUUCAACUCUCUACAUAACUACGGUAUUGAAUGCGCGAACAAGUCGAACAGAAGAUUCAGUAUAACUUGUGCGGUCGAGUUGUCACGAUGUGGGCAGAUGUGAUUUACGUUGCCGCCUUAUUAUUUUGUGUAGUCAUUGGAUUUUAUUAUCGACAGAUUCCCGAUCCUCAAGUUAAGAAAUGGAUGGGUACAAUUAUCGGCUUUAUAGUGGCUAGAAUUAUUUCUGGAAGUCAUGUACUUCAUCUUUUAAUUAGUACCCUGAUUAACGCGAUUAUCAUAACCAAGCUCUCGCCAAAAAUAUGUCAUGCGGUCAGCAUUUUUUUUUCAUUCUUCUAUCUACUUGUUAUAUUUCGAUUAGGAGAUUGGGUUGGUUUACCAACACCGCCAACCCAUACGAAUCUCAUGCUUAUGAUAUUAACACUGAAGUUAUCUGGACUAGCUUUCGAAGUAAAUUCAGCUACUAAUCCGCCAACCGAUGAUCCAGAAGGAGUGAGUUCUGAAGCUUUAAAAAAUAUUGGAUUUUUGGACGUAUUUCAUUAUGCUUUUAGUUACAUGGGACUAAUAACUGGUCCAUACUAUCGAUACAGAACAUAUUGGGAUCAUCUGCAUAGACCAUUUUCUAAAUAUGUAGAUCCUUGGCCUCCUACGCUUUAUAAACUAAAACUAACUGCAUGCUUUAUCAUAUUAUAUCUUAUAAUGAAUGCAUUAUAUCCCAGCAAGUACAUUUUAACAGAGGAGUUUGCAGAACGCUCUUUCCUUUAUAGACAUCUUUACAUGUAUCCCACAUUUGCCACUUUUCGAUUAAGGAUGUAUGUUGGUAUGACACUGGCUGAAUGUGCUUGUCAAAUGGCUGGACUUGGGGCAUACCCUACAAAAUGUCGUCCUAUACAAGGAUUGGGACCAAAAGAUUACAAAACCAUUGAAAUGCUAUCUACUACACCUGAGAAAUUGAAGAACGAGGAAUUCAGCUUUGACACGAUACACAACAUGAAUAUCUUAAAAUUAGAAAAGUGUCAAUCAGUAAGAACAGCUAUGAAAGCAUGGAAUGGUUGUAUUCAAUAUUGGAUGGGUGUUUACGUAUACAAAAGAUUCCCAGUGAAAUGUUUAAGAACUAUCGUUACUCUCACACUCUCUGCAGUGUGGCAUGGUUGGGCACCUGGUUACUUCUUUUGCAUUUGUCAAAUUCCACUUUUCAUGCUGACCGACGACAUAGCUAUGAAAUUUUAUAACCAAAGCGAAGAGAACAGCCUUGCUAAGAAAGCAUGGUACAUGCUUUUAUGGUAUGAAAAAACAACCUGUAUGGCAUAUUUAGGGACGUCUUUCCUAUUAUUAGGUUUCCAUGAAACUAUGCACUAUUACAAAGUCGUAUACUUCUCUGGACACAUUGUGGCGCUUCUACUUUAUAUCAACGUUCUUUGUCUUAAGCAUUUCGUCUUGAAAAGAACCGCGGAGAGCAAGGACAAGGACAAAUAGGCUGUGAUCCUUUUGCAAAGGACUCAAAAUAUUUUGUAAAUUUAACACUUGAAAUUAUGUAUAAUACAAAGUUUAAAUAUAAAAAUUAGGUCAAUUAAAUUCUUCUAAAAUAGCAUAGGUUGUCUUUGAAAAUAUGAAAUUGUUUAAAUUAGAUGAUAAACAUGUAAUGUCAACAAUUAAAAUAUCUAUUAAAGAACAUAUAUUACAUACUAUUGUUAAACUAGUCAACUAAUAAAAUAAUGAAGGUAUUUUGGCAUCAUACUCUUUCAAGUGCUGUCUCAACAGAAAACAAAAGUUUUCCUCGAAUAUUUCGAGGAUUGCUACACAUUCAUUUAUACGAACAAGUAAAUUAGAAAUAAAGAGUUCUAUUUCUUUGAUAAGAUAAUCUUUAUUUACCAUACCCCCUCCACACAUUCUCUACAAUGGCUUAAUACUUUUCUGAAAGAGAAAAAAAGCGAAAAAAAAGAAAAGAAAAAAAAAA